AAGCUUUUGACCCGAAACGCAGCGUUUCAAGCAAAUCGAUGUGCUUCAGUGUAAAACCGCGCAAGCCAGCCGUAGCCGCUGCCUAACGCCUCCGAUGCCGCGACAAGCCUCCGCCGCUCGAUCCACCUCCGCCUCCGCUGGAUUGAAGGCGGAGGAGACUAAAUACACGUCUUUUAUUCAAAUCGCAAUAAAAAACCCCAAGUUAUCCUCCGCCAUCGUCGUGCUCCUCGCGGACGCCGUCCUGGUUUCUCUCAUCAUCGCAUAUGUUCCAUAUACCAAAAUUGAUUGGGAUGCUUACAUGUCACAGGUUAGUGGUUUUCUGGGAGGUGAAAGAGAUUACAGCAAGCUGAAAGGCGAUACAGGGCCUCUGGUAUAUCCAGCUGGAUUUCUGUAUAUCUACUCUGCUAUUCAGUAUGUUACUGGUGGCGAGGUCUAUCCUGCUCAGAUUUUAUUUGGCAUUCUCUACAUUGUGAAUCUCGGGAUGGUUCUAUUAAUUUACUUGAAGACAGAUGUGCUUCCUUGGUGGGCUCUAUGCUUGCUUUCUUUGUCCAAGCGAUUGCAUUCAAUCUUUGUGCUUCGCUUGUUCAAUGACUGUUUUGCUACAACAUUGUUCCAUGCAGCACUUGUUUCAUUUCUUUAUCAGAAGUGGCAUCUAGGUCUAAUCAUUUUCAGUGGGGCUGUCUCAGUGAAGAUGAAUGUUCUUCUUUUUGCACCUCCGUUGUUACUCCUCUUGCUGAAGGGUAUGGAUGUUUUUGGGGUUGUAUCUGCUGGUGCAGGUGCGGCCAUAGUACAGAUUCUCUUGGGUUUACCUUUUUUAAUAUCACACCCAGUCGCAUAUUUCUCAAGAGCUUUUAAUCUUGGUCGCGUGUUCAUCCAUUUUUGGUCUGUUAAUUUUAAAUUUGUCCCAGAACCAGUUUUCAUUUCAAAAGGAUUUGCGCUGUCUCUACUGGCUGUUCAUCUUCUCCUGCUUGGAGUCUUUGCUCAUUAUAAAUGGUGCAGGCACGAAGGAGGUUUGUUCUCUUUCUUGCAUUCUAAACUGGCUCAAAUGAAGCUCAAAUUUUGUAUUUCGAGUUCUUUCCCACUGAGAGGACUCGAGGAGCAUAAUAUCAAUACAAGGGUGCUUAAAACAGAGCAUAUUGCAACGACCAUGUUUGUUGGGAACUUCGUUGGAGUCGUGUGUGCUCGGUCCCUCCAUUAUCAGUUCUACUCUUGGUAUUUCUACUCUCUGCCCUAUCUAUUGUGGCGAACACCAUUUCCUACCUGGUUCCGUUUAAUUUUGUUCGUUGCGGUGGAGUUGUGUUGGAACAUCUUCCCUUCCAAUGUCUACUCAUCAACUCUGCUGCUCGGCGCCCACUUAGUUACCUUAGGAGGUCUGUGGAUGGCACCGCCGGAGUAUCCGUAUGCGGACAAUACGAACCGAAAACCAGCUAACUCAAAGAAAACCAGAUGAAAGACUAAUGUUUGGUUUCAAAUAUAAUCAUAUUCGCUGCGUGUUUAUCUUGGCCGGCCGGCUGGAUACAGCUACUUCAAUCAUUUUAUUCUCAUGAUUUCCUAAACGCAACCCCUCAAUUUUUUUUAUUUUGACGAAACUUCCUUUAUUAAGAGCUCUUCUAUUAAUCGUCAUAAAAUAUUUAUUGAUGCUGUAGUAGAAUACGAAGAUAAAAAGAAUUAACCGUUGUUUAUGAAAAAUCAAGUAUGGUCCUAUGUGGGAAGCAAUGCAUUCUGUUUCUUCUAAUGCAUUUUAAA